UUUGAAGAACUGAAACUGGAAGACGCAGAAGCCACGAAAGGAGCAGGAAACAGCAUGGCGCGUCUCCUCAACGCGCCGCCAUCUUCUCCAUUCCUCUCCAACCUCACAGCCUCUCUUCGCCUGGUUCCUCCUCCCUUCGCUCGUCGAUCACUUCAAUUCAAGGUGAAGUGCUCGUCAUCCGGAGAGAGCCAGGAGUCAGAAUCGGAGGCCGGCACGUCGUCGUUGUCUUCUGCUACUGCUGGUGCUGCUUCAUCGUCGAGCGGCUCGACUUACAAGUUGUGCGCGGGUAUUGGAGGCGUAGGGUUUUGCGAGACUGCGUACUUGACGUAUCUCAAGCUCACAAACUCAGACGCGUUUUGCCCUAUCGGCGGCAGCAGCUGCGGUGACGUGCUCAACAGCGAUUAUGCUUCUGUUUUUGGCAUUCCUCUUCCGUUGAUUGGAAUGAUUGCAUAUGGAACUGUUGCCGCUCUUGGCAUAAGGUUGACAGGAAAAGAUUUUCCUUUUGGACUUGGGGAAUCUAAUGGUCGUUUGGUUUUGCUUGGGAUCACGACAUCCAUGGCAACUGCUAGCGCAUACUUCUUGUACCUUUUGAGCACAAAAUUCUCUGGAGCAUCGUGCUCUUACUGUCUAUUGUCAGCUUUAUUGUCAUUCAGUUUAUUCUUAGUUACCAUAAAGGAUUUUGGGUUUGAGGAGAUACAAAAGACGAUGGGACUACAGCUAUGCAUGGUGAGCUUGGUGGUAGUUACGCUGAGCACUGCAUAUAGCACUACUCAAUCAAUCCCUUCAAGCCUUGCUGAAAUGGAAAUACCAUUUUUCACAACCGAGAUUACAACACCAUCGAGCACUUUUGCUGUUUCUCUUGCAAGGCAUUUGCACUCUAUAGGUGCAAAAAUGUAUGGUGCCUUUUGGUGCUCUCACUGUUUGGAACAAAAGCAGAUGUUUGGACGCGACGCGGCAAAGAUAUUGGACUAUGUGGAAUGCUUUCCUGAUGGAUACAAGAAAGGAACUAAAAUAGCCAAGCAAUGUGCUGAUGUUGGAAUUGAAGGCUUCCCUACAUGGCUGAUAAAUGGUGAGGUUUUGAGCGGAGAGCAAGAAUUGUCAGAGCUUGCCCGAGCAUCUGGAUUUGAAUCUAACGAACUUAGAGGACUUAGCUAAGAUGCUUCAUCUCUGUGAUCUGCAUAACUUCCAUUUCCCAAUACACCGGCACACAUCAUACAUAGUCUGAGAUGGUGCUUCUCUUUUACUAGUUGCUUUACAAAUCAUUGGGCAUCAGGAAAGCUCCUUUUUUUUUUUUUUACUUUUGUGGAAAUUGUAACGUUUGUCUCAAAUAUCA